AUGAUAGCAUACGGCUCGCCCGCGCUGAGGAGGCACAUGUGCGUGCUAGCUAAAAGGAUUCCAAAAAGGAAAAAGGUUUUUCUCUAUCUGAACAGUGGAGGAUGGAGAGCCUUCUCCUCCAUUUGUGUGGACAACUUGCGAAACAUCGGAAUAAGUGCGCACAUAGAUGCAGGAAAAACGACUUUAACAGAAAGAAUUCUCUACUACACAGGCAAAAUAAAAAGCAUACAUGAAGUGAGAGGGAGUGAUGGAGUAGGUGCAACAAUGGAUUCAAUGGACCUAGAAAGAGAAAAGGGAAUAACAAUCCAAUCAGCUGCAACCAAUUGUAACUGGGAUUUUAAUAAUAAAAAAUUUACCAUCAACAUAAUUGAUACCCCUGGACAUGUAGAUUUCACCAUCGAAGUGGAAAGAUCUCUGCGAGUGUUAGAUGCAGCGGUUCUCGUUAUUUGUGGAGUAUCUGGAGUUCAAAGUCAAACAUUAACCGUCAACAGACAAAUGAAUCGCUACUUCAUCCCUAGAAUAUUAUUCAUUAACAAGCUAGACAGAGACGGUGCAAAUGUGGAAAGAACACUCAGUACCAUCGAGCAGAAGCUAAACUUGAAUACUCUCCUUCUGCAAAUGCCAAUUGGAAUUGAGCAGAAGUUUAAAGGAGUAUAUGACCUUGUGUCCAGGAAGUGCUACUUAUUUAAGGGUGUAAAUGGUAUAAUAGUGGAGGAAGUGAAUGAUGCAGAGGUGACUGCACAUGAUCCAUCCUUCUCCUACGAAAUGAUGGACAUGCUCAGAAUCCGUAUGUUCGAGAAGCUAGCUGAUGUGGAUGACGAAUUUGCCGACAUCUUCCUUAACCAGGAAAUGAAUGAUAUAAAGACGGAAGAUGUGAUUGACGCCAUACGCAGGUGCACUAUCAAAAAUGCGAUCGUCCCCAUCUGCCUUGGCAGUGCCAAGAAUAAUGUAGGCGUCCAAAUUUUGCUGAACUACGUAUGCAGCUUUUUGCCUUCCCCCCGGGAGGUGGGUAGUUACGGCUACGUGUACGAAGGGAGCAACCACGAAGGGAGCAACCACGAAGGGAGCAACCACGAAGGGAGCGACGCCAAUGAGGAAAACUCCGCCUCUUCCUCCGGUGCCACCGUUCCUCAGGGCAAAAACCGAAAGCGCGUCGAUCUGCAGUGCGAUAGCACCCUUCCCAUGGUGGGCUUCCUCUUCAAAAUACAAGAAGACUCAAUGCACGGCCAAAUGAGCUACUUCCGCAUCUACCAAGGGAAGAUAAAAAAAAAAGACAACAUAAUGAAUAUGUUAACAAACAAAAAAGAAAUGAUAAAAAAAAUAUUAAAAAUGCAUGCAAACAUGGCCCAAGAAGUGAACGAAGCACAUGCAGGGGAUAUCGUUGCAAUUAAUGGAAUCAGCGGAAGAACAGGGACUACCUACACAAAUGGAGUAGCCUCAAAUUUACACCUCCUAAAUAUACAUGUGCCCAAGCCAGUCAUAUCCGUGGCUGUGGAGAUUGAAAAAAAAGGAGACAUGACGAAACUGACCAAGGCAUUAAAUAAGUUCGUGAAGGAAGACCCAACAUUUCACGUAAAGACUGAUGAACAAACCAAGGAAAUUAUAUUCGAAGGAAUUGGAGAAUUACAAUUGGAAAUAUAUAAAGAAAGACUAAAGAGGGAAUAUGGUAUAGGAAUCCAACUGAAAAAUCCAAAAAUAAAUUUCAAAGAAACCAUUACAAAACCAUAUGAAUGUACAUAUACAUAUAAGAAGCAGAAAGGAGGUGCAGGAUUAUAUGCACAUGUUCAUGCGAUUUUCGAAACCGUAUCCGAUGAUUAUAAUGAGACCAGUUAUUGUACCUUCGUUAAUGAAGUGGUGGGAAAUGAUCUCCCCAAAAAUUUUAUUUUGUCAAUUGAAAAGGCCUUUAAAGAACAAGUUGAAAAAGGUUACCUGAACAGUUCAGAAAUUAUUAAUAUGAAAAUGAGAUUAAUUGGAGGAAAGAUUCAUGAAGUGGAUAGUAAUGACUUGGCAUUUAAAAGAGCCACCAUUCAUCUGAUAAAAGAAAAUUAUCAGAACUUUGUUCCUGUACUUUUGGAACCAAUAAUGGUGGUGGAAAUUAUUUCACACUACGAACAUCAGAGCAACAUUCUCACAAGCAUUACCAAGAGGAAGGGACUUGUAACGAAUAUUGUUAACCACAUGAACGCUGUUCAUAUUUACGCCGACAUUCCUCUAAAACAUAUGUUCAAUUAUAUUAACGAGAUUCGUUCCAUUACACAGGGACAGGGUACCUACACCAUGGAAUUCGCCCGGUAUGAGCAAGUCCCCAAGAGCGAUUUGGACGAGAUCCUGCGCUCCGCAAACAACGCGAAUAAGCGGUGUGAAUAA